AUGAAAUUAAAUCCUGAUAUUAGUUCAGAAUUACGGCAGGCAUCUAGGAUGCCUACGAUGAGGUAUUGGUUUGUCGGUUUAUUCGGAGCUGUAGUGCCGGCAAUCUAUCUAAGAAGCUAUAUGCUCAGGGGAACCACAGCUGCAGGUCAGCAAAUAAGCUCAGGACCACCUAGGAGGUCUCUAUGGCAGAAGUUGUCCGAUAGCUACGACAAGAUUCCUGAGGAUGAAGCCACAACGGUCAUAUUUUCUUCAAUAAUGUAA